AUGUUUCGGGAGUUUACAGAUGACACCUUUGCUGUGCAGGCAAGGCGACCACAGUGGCUAGGCAUGCUCGGGCCCGUUAUUCGGGCUGAGCCCAACGAAGGGAUAGCGAUGGCAGGGCAAGAAUUCGGUGGCAACUCAGUCCCACCAGGUGAAACGUGGACAUACACGUGGGAGGUCCCAGAACGCGCUGGCCCGGGGCCUUUAGAUCCGCCAUCCUUGGCCUGGACAUAUCACUCCGACGUCUCCGGUGCACAGGAUAUUUAUAGUGGUUUGGUCGGAGCUAUAAUAGUCUACAGGCCCGGAGAGCUUGCCAAGCAUACUCUCGACGGUCCAGCGCCCAGAGGUUCGGACCCGACCGAGGAGGUCCUAACUCUCUUUAUGAUAGUGGAUGAGAAUCUGUCGUUCUACAUUGAUGGGAAUACCUUGAACAGAACUAAUAUACCGCGGGGCGAGCUUCAGGUGAAUCGCUUGGACCCUGGCUUUCAAGAAAGCAAUUUGAAGCAUGCGAUCAAUGGUCGAUUAUUCGGAAAUCUUGAAGGCUUAAAUCUUACUGUUGGUCGAGAGGCCCGUUGGCAUGUGGUGAGUUGCAGCUCAAGUACCACAUUUGCAGAGUUGACAAUUUUUAGCAAUCAUUGGGAAACGUCCAAAAUUCCCAUACACCGCACUGGCAUGGCAACACCCUUACAUGGGCAGGGCAGAGGCUUGAUGUUUUAUCUGUUUUGCCAGCACAGACAAGAUCCUUAA